UUACCAUGUAUGCAGAGAUGCUCUGGUCUAGUCUUCAAUGUGGUCAGAAAGCUCCAGACCAGGAUACACAGCAGAAUUCUCAAAAAAAAUGACUAAAAUGUCGUGUAUAAUUUUGAUAGUUGCAGCAUUAUGGCAAUUCCAUGGCGGAGCUCAAGCACAGGGAGGAGAUUUUGGUUUUUCUAAACCGGCUUUCUUCAUAUUUGGGGAUUCUUUGGUGGAUCCAGGGAACAACAACUAUAUUGCCUCAAUAUCCAGAGCUGAUUGGAGACCAUAUGGAGUAGAUUUUGGGCCAUCUGGGUUUCGACCCACUGGUCGUUUUACCAAUGGUCGAACUCUUUCUGAUAUAAUAGGACAAGAGCUUGGACAAGAUAUGCUUCCUCAGCCAUAUUUAGCCCCCACAACUCAUGGGCAAGCUCUGUUAAAUGGCGUCAACUAUGCUUCUGGUGCUGGUGGAAUUCUGGAUAGCAGUGGAGCCAUUUUUCUUGCUCGUCUCAGUUUUGACACCCAGAUCAACUAUUUUGAGAACACCAAACUGGAGCUCAUCAGUAUGCUGGGAGAGGACAUGGCAAUGCAGUUUUUAAACAGAUCUAUGUUUCCUAUCGUCUUUGGAUCGAAUGAUUAUUUGGACAACUAUUUGCUUCCUUUCUCACAAACUAAAGCUCAAUAUUCGCCUCAGGAUUAUGAGGAGCUGCUCAUCACCCACUAUGGCAAUCAGAUUAAUAGACUGUACAAUCUUGGAGCCAGAAAGUUUAUGGUUAGUGGGAUAGGCCCCAUCGGAUGCAUCCCUUCUCAGCUAUCUAAUGCUGGAAGUGUGGAUGGUGCAUGCAUUGCUGCAACAAAUGAACUUGUUGUUAGCUUCAACACUCGCUUGAAGGAUCUCAUUCAUGAUUUAAACUCAAAUCUUCCAAUGGCUGCCAUUGUCUAUCUCAAUACGUAUGAUGUGGCUUCUAAUGUCAUGCAGAAUCAUCAGCAAUAUGGUUUGAUUGAUAUUAAUACUGCUUGCUGUGGAAGUGGUGGAAAAUUCAAGGGGAUGAUUACAUGCAUUCCUAAUUCCCCAUAUUGUGGGGAAGAUAGACACAAGUAUCUAUUCUUUGAUGCAUAUCAUCCAACAGAGGCGGCAAAUCUUAUAUUUGCUGCAAGGUUUCUUGAUGGAGGUCCUAAUGAUGCAUUCCCUAUUAACAUUCGUCAGUUGAUUGCCCUCUAAACCAUCUUGUACGGGAUUAAUUUGUUUUGUCAAAUAAUGUUCACUUCAAUUUUA